AACAAUCGCUCAUUCAACUUCGACAUAUCAUUGCGAAAGAGCAAGGCUUUCAUUUCUGCUGGUAACAGUCUCACAUCAGCCGAAAAGGAAACAUGGAUGAUCAAUGGGGAAUUUCCAAGACUAACCUUGAGGUUUUUCGCAUCGCGGGUCUACCACCAGACUUCUACUACAUUCCAAAUUUCAUCAGCGCGGAAGAAGAAUCGUCAAUAGUGCAGAAGAUUCCAGCUCAGAGAUGGACACACCUCACUCAUCGGCGUCUCCAGGCUCUGCCCUCCACCCUCACUAAAAACAAUACCUUGCUCGCCGCCCCUUUACCCGCUUACCUUACCAACCCCAUCCUAUCUCGUUUUAAGGACCUAGGAAUCUUUGACCACACACCGCACGGCCAGUCAAACCAUGUUCUCGUCAACGAGUAUAGACCCGGUGAAGGCAUCAUGCCGCACGAAGACGGAGAUGCGUAUGCCCAUGUCGUUGCGACUGUCAGUUUAGGUGCGGGGUUGUGCUUGGACGUGCUUCCUAAACCAGAAUCUUCCUUUAAUAAAGAAGGACAGCAGGAUGGGGAGAAAAUGUUGCACCUACCUACACGUAUUUUUCAGGAACCCCGCUCCUUGCUCAUCACGACGGGUCGUGCGUACCGAGAGUUGAUGCAUGGUAUUUCGUCAAUUGAGGUUGAUGAGGAGUUGAGUGAGGGAACGGUGGCGAAUUGGGGAUUAUUGAGUCAGGAAGGAAAAGAUGCGAUUGCUAGGGAUGGUGGCAGUAAUCUCAGAGGUACGAGAGUGAGCCUGACAUAUAGGGAUGUAAUCAAGGUUAGUACAGCAGCGAGUAGAGUGUUGGGUAUGGGGAGGCGGUGA